CCCGUGAGCCUCUGCUCUUCGCUCCCAGAUGGGGCGUGCGUUCCCUACCCAGCAGUCCUCGCGCGGCCCGGCACAGCGGACACCAGUACUCCAAGAUGGCGUCGGUCGUACCAUUGAAGGACAGGAAACUUCUGGAGGUCAAACUAGGAGAGCUGCCAAGCUGGAUCUUGAUGCGGGACUUCAGCCCUAGUGGCAUUUUCGGAGCAUUUCGAAGAGGUUACUACCGGUACUAUAACAAAUAUAUCAACGUGAAGAAGGGGAGCAUCGCGGGGCUUACCAUGGUGCUGGCAUGCUACGUGGUCUUCAACUACACUGUUUCCUACAAGGAGCUCAGUGAGUGUCUCUGGGGCGUCUUGCCUUCAGUUUACCAUGAGAGGGUGGUGGUGACUCAUUUCAUGAGAUACAGCAGCUCACCUUCUUCUGAGGCUGAGGGACCUUUACUAAAUUCCUUACUUAUAUUUCCACCUAAAAGAAUUGGAGGGAUGUAGCAGAGUACGGUAUAUGGGAUAGUGUUUGAAGUGAGAAAAUUGUGACAGAGAACACAGGAAAAACAAGAUGAAGUCACGGUAAAGAAAAUACUUAGAAGCAUUCUUUAAAAUACAGCAGGCUCUGUGAAAGUUUGGCUCGGUCUUCCUAGUAGCCAAUGCAGAAAGAGAAAUGAGUUGCGUGGUAUAAUCUAGCAUCCCAGAAAACCAUGGCUGUUCUGGCUUUGAGCCUCAAGAGGAGCUUGUCUGGUGGGAGACUGGUGGAAAGUAUCAGUUGUGGCCUCUGACUAGGCUGUUUAUGACACUGUACCCCCCCCCAUCCCUAUCUCACUCCUCUUCUACUGCACCGGGCUGUGCUGCCUCUGAAGGACGGGUUCUGUGGGGCUGUUUGUCUGAGAGGGUGUUCCCUCUGGAGAGAAAGCAGCUGGCCAGGUGGCAGGUUGGCUCCUGCAGUGUCUUUGUGCCCCCGGAUCUACAGAUUCUGCAGACACCCCGGCAGACAGGUCCUGGGUCAUCUCUGAAGGGAAUUCUAAGGCAUGCUUUGGGUGAUCUCAGCCUGUUGUUCUCGUCCCUGUCAUCCUGUGCCUUCACUGUAACCUUUUAAGAUGCUCACCAUCUUGCCUUCCUGACUUCAGAGCACGAGCGGCGACGCAAGUACCACUGAAGAAGACGAGCUCAGCACUCCUCUCCUUAAGGAAUAGUCUCGAUUAUUGCUGAAUCCUUUCAUAUCCUAAUGGAAUUAACCUCCAAAUAAAAGAUGACUGGUAUGUGUGCUGC